AUGAAAGAAGAUGAAGAGUACUUUGAGUACAAGCGCAGAGCCAAGGCCUUAUUCUAUGAUGCAACUGGGGAAGCAGUGCAACCAGGAACAACAAGUACAUUCAUCCUGUCCAACACAAUGGUCAAAGGAAUGCCAAAAUCAGUACAACAAAGUCUUUCUCAUGUUGUUGGACUGUACACACUGACCGAAGAAGACUUUGAUAAAAACUGCAACCACUAUGUGACCCUCUAUCGAAAUGAAAGAGAGAAUAAUAAAGAAGAAACACAAAAAGUGGAGGUGUCUAACAUCAAGCUACAAAACAAGAAACUUAAAGAAGAGGUGGAAGCACAAAAGAGUAAAAACAAGGCCGCAAAUGUGAUGAAAGUUGGAGUGGACGGAUCACAGGUCAAUGUUGAGGACAAUGACCAGAAUCAAAAAGGAAAAGAGCAAGCUGAACAGAUGGUGGACGUUGUAAAGCUCCUUUUGACACAGAGACCGGCUCAGAGAGGAUACAGGGGGAACUCCAGAGGAAGGAGUAGAGGGAGAGGAUUUCAAGGACAAAGAGGCAAUCGUCAAAUAUCUGGAGAUCAAUGCUUGAUAUGCCACCAAUAUGGACACUGGGCAAACACAUGCCCUAACAAGUGGUACGAGAACCCACCCCGGAACCAAUUUAAUGGCCGGCGACGAAACCAACCGCAAUUCUCGGGACCCUACAACGGACAGCAGCAGAUGUGGACGCCCAAUGACAUGCCACAGCCCCCACCCCCGCCUGAACAAAACAUGAGUAUGCGUGGAAACUCGUACACACAGUACCAGGAUGGGCCUGGAGGGGCCAACAGCAAGAGAGCCACUCACUCCACAACUGGCGGAGUGAGCCAAUGGUGGUCCUCGAGAUGUCGCAGAAGAUCUGAAGACACCUAUCGAUAUCUACUGGCUUCAAGUACUGACGGAUCCAGAGCAUGGUAA